UGCCGGCCAUCAGUGUUAUUCAGGCAGCCCAGCAGAUAACCCGUCUGUCCCCAGCAAGCAGAAGAGCCGCGGUUCACACAGCCAGCAGCCUCCCACAAAAUGAGUGAUCAAAUCAAUACAUUGAAAGAAUAUGAAAAAUUAAGACAAGACAUGCAAGAUGGGCUUUUGACGGAAAAUGGCUUUCAUAGCAAAGUCCGAUCUUUAUUACUGGAUGUGACAACUCCAUUGACAAAGAAUGAAUGGCAAGGUGAUUUCAUAAUUCGGUCUUUAUUUGAACAAGGAUACACCCAGAAGGAGAUGUUAAUAAUGCUUGACAGAAAUUUUGAAAUUAAAAUUUCAGAUCGACACUUAAGGCGAAUUUUGAAACGUUUAGGAUUAAGGCGAAGAAGUAAUGACCGCCCUUUUGAAGCAAUUUUUAAGGCGGUUCAGGGUGAGCUUCAAAACUGGUCUCCUUUUAAAGGUAUAAGAGCAAUGCACAAGCGCAUUAGAGAUGUUAGAGGAGUUCAACCCUGCUAUAGGAACGAUAUUCAUGAUGUAAUGAGGGAACUUGACAAGGAUGGACUGUUGAGACGUCGACCCGGACGCUGUAAAAUACCAAGAAGAGUAUAUUCAACCAAGGGUCCAAAUGAUAUUUGGCACAUAGAUGGUAAUGAUAAGUUGCGUUUUUAUGGAAUAUGGAUACAUCUUGGUAUUGAUGGAUUUUCCAGACGUGUUAUUUGGCUUCAUGCAGCCACAUCAAAUCGUAAACCGGACUUCAUUGCACGUUAUUUUAUUGAUGCAGUGGUCAGGGAACAUGGUUGUCCGCGUGUAGUGAGAGCAGACAGAGGGAAAGAGAAUGUCUCAGUCGCUGUAGUACAGACUUCUUUCCGAUAUCGUCAUAAUGACAUUUUAUCUGGCACUAACAGUUUCAGAUAUGGCAAGUCUGUACAUAAUCAACGUGCAGAGUGUUUUAACGGACAUCUCAAAAAAUCAUGGAUUUGCAUGUGGCAGAAUCAUUUUGAGGCAAUGUUGGAGGCGCAGAUUUUGGAACUUUCAAAUCCCAUUCACAUACAUUGUAUUCAGUUUUGUUUUCUACAAAUUAUUAACAACGAGCUUGAGCGUGAGCGCAUUGAAUGGAAUAACCAUAAAAUAAGGAGGCAAGGACAUACUGAUGGCCACUAUGGAAAACCGGAUUUACUCUUUUAUGCUCCACCUCAAGGGACUGUAAAUCAACUACUUGAAGUCGAUCAAGACCUUCUACAGUAUGCUGAGACAUUAGCAUGCAAGAAAGGUCUUCCAAUGGUGGUUGCCAACAAAUCAUUUCGAAGACACUGCUCAACUCUUCUAAAACAGGCGGGACAUGAAAAUGUUUGUGGUGUAAAGGAAGCAAUGGCUGCAUACCUACUCAUUGCAAAUAACAUUUCACAUAAGAUCAACACUGAGCAUUUAGAUCUGCCCAAAACCUUUCUUGAAGCAUGCGAAAUCUAUGAUGUGGUGUUAUCAGAUAAUAAUGAACAAACUGUCCUGUAAAUCUGAAUGCCAUGUAAUUUUACAAUGUCUAAAAAUAUAUUUUUUUUAAGUCUCUACAUUUAUUUUUAAAAAAACAUUUAAAAAAAAUAAAUAAAAUUGACAUGGA